AUAUCGCCAAACGAAGAAGUGGAUAUUCUCAAUGUUUAUCAAUGUUAGCUCAUUCAGAGACAGCACAGAAUACAGAUAACAACAAACGGACUGUUCAGGAAUAUGUGUCGAUUUAAAUUUUAACGCGUAGUAAGAUACAUUUUUUUUUCACGCAUACAGUUAUUUCCGACAGGUGCAUCGCGUAGGGAUAUUUUUUCUUCGCUGCAAAACAGGGGGGCAGGACUAGGCUAUAGCGGAGAUAGAGGAGAGAGAGAGAGAGAGAAAAAAAAAAAAGUUUUAUUAGUGUUCCUCUACAGCGCGGUUUGAAACUGGGGGGACUCCGGGUCUGUACAACAUUUCUGUACUAAACUGUGUCGGUAAGCCUUGGAUUACACUAUGAUUUCUAUGGAUGUUACACGGCUGUGAUGUGCAAAACACAGUGGAUAUAUAUCAUCCAUCUAUGUCAAUUCCAAGGUUUUCAAUCGUGGAUCUGUGAGCUAUGAUUCCUCACGCUACAUUUUGGAUUUUGUGUUUUGGAUUACUAUCUCUCGGGAACAUCCUGCCUCACGCUGAAGGCAAUGUACUCUCCUGUUAUCCAAACCCUUGCAAAAAUGGACGACCAUGCAAAUUAGCGGAAGGAAGUAAGAGUUACUGCGAGUGCGGCGACAACUAUAUAGGCGAGUACUGCCAGGAUGAUAACCCUUGCCGGAACGGCUUCUGCAUGAACGACGGGAAGUGUGACGUCAUCUACAACCAGAACGGGGACGCUAAGGCCGAGUGCACUUGCCCCGUGGGCUUCGUUGGUAAGAUCUGUGACCUGAUUGACACUAACAGCGCCUGCUUCAAGAACCCGUGCCGCAAUGGAGGCAAGUGCAUCAUCGGCAACACGCUAACCAACUACACCUGCAAAUGUCUGAUUGGUUUUAGAGGACAACAUUGCGAAAAGGAAGACUAUUGCGCCUCCAUGCCUUGCAGAAACGGCGGUUCCUGUUCUCCCAACGAAGGCGGCUUCGAGUGCGCCUGCUUGGCCGGGUACAGGGGCGUCACCUGCAUGGAGGAUGUGGACGAAUGCGCCCAGGACGUUCACAUAUGCAAGAACGAAGGGCGCUGCAAGAAUAUGUAUGGGAGCUACCAGUGCCAGUGCACACAGGAGUAUACGGGGACUCACUGUGAAGACAACUACAUCCCGUGCCUUCCUUCACCGUGCCAGAACAGUGGCACGUGCAACAAGACUGGACCCUACAGCUAUGAGUGCUUCUGUCCUUCAGGCUUCAGGGGACGUAACUGUGAGGUCAACAUUGACGAUUGUGUUCACAAUCGCUGCAACAAUGGGUCAACCUGCGUGGACAAGGUCAACGAUUAUGUGUGUGUGUGUCCACCUACUUAUACAGGUCGGUACUGUGACGAGGAUAUUGACGAGUGCGCCCUGAACCCCAACAUGUGCCUGAACGGGGGCACCUGCAUGAACAGCCCUGGAUCUUUCUUCUGUGUUUGUGUCAACGGCUGGGACGGCACCUACUGCGCCCACAACGAGGACGACUGCCAACUGAUGCCCUGCUACAAUGGGGGCAUCUGUCACGACAGGGUCGGCUAUUUCGAAUGUGAAUGUCCAGUGGGCAAAACUGGUUUGAGAUGUCAUCUGGAGGACGCGUGUCAGAGCAACCCUUGUUUCGCCGGGGCUAGCUGUGAGACCUCUCCGAUAGAUGGCGAGCCGAUCUGCGACUGCAAGAAAGGUUGGCGUGGACGAGAUUGUUCCUUGGAUGUCGACGAGUGUAAAGAAAGUGAGGACAGUCCAUGUGAGCAUGGAGGGACUUGCGUCAACACCAAUGGCUCUUUCUUCUGCCAGUGUCCCGUCGGUUUCUCGGGCAACUUCUGCGAGAAGAACAUCAACGAGUGCAACAGCAACCCAUGCCAGAACGACGGCACAUGCCUGGACGAGACCGGGAAGUACAGCUGCCUCUGUAUGCCUGGUUACACUGGAACUAACUGUGAAAGUGAAAUUGAUGAGUGCAUUACCUCCACUGGGAGAAGUCCUUGUUUGAAUGGAGGAGUUUGUCAAGACCACAUCAACAGAUUCAGUUGUUCCUGUCCUGCUGGUUUUGAAGGUGCAACUUGCCAAAUUGACAUCAACGAAUGUGAAAGCUCUCCUUGCAAAAAUGCUGCCAAAUGUAUUGACAGCAUCAACAAGUACACAUGUCAAUGUGAAAAAGGUUUCAGUGGUGUCAACUGUGAGAUCAACAAGAAUGACUGCGAGGGCAUCGACUGCAAACAUGGCUACUGCAUCGAUGGCCUGGACUCUUAUCAGUGCAGCUGCCAGGCUGGCUACACCGGAAGGUUUUGUGACGCACCUGUGAAUGAAUGUGCCUCUAACCCUUGCAGGUAUGGCGGCACUUGCCAGGAUCUGGAGAACAGCUACGAGUGCAAAUGUCCAAUCGGAACAUCAGGUGUCAACUGUGAGAAAAACUUUGAUGACUGUGCUUCUAAUCCAUGUAGAAAUGGAGCCACUUGCAAUGAUGGCAUCAAUCAAUAUUCAUGCACCUGUAAGGCAGGGUUCACAGGCACACUGUGUGAAGUAGAUAUAGAUGACUGCAAGUCCAGCCCUUGCCACAAUGGUGGUCGAUGUACUGACCUUCAGAAUGGCUACCGCUGUGACUGUCCAGCUGGUUAUUAUGACAGCCAAUGCCUGUCCAAGACAGAUGAGUGUGCUUCCAACCCAUGUGUUAAUGGCGGCCGUUGUGUGGAUGGCUAUAAUAGGUUUGACUGUGAAUGCCCACAAGGUUACACAGGUAACCGAUGCCAAUCACAAAUCAAUGAGUGCCUGUCUAACCCCUGUCAACAUGGAGGAACCUGCCAAGAUUACCUGAAUUAUUACACCUGUUCUUGCCGGCCAGGAUACACAGGUAAAAAUUGUGAGACAAAUAUCAAUGAAUGCGCCAGCAAUCCUUGUCAGCAUGGCAUCUGUAGCGACCUGGUUGACGACUACCAGUGCCACUGCGAGGGGGCAUACUCUGGCAAGAACUGUGAUGUCAUCAUGGAUCCCUGCAGCCCCAACCCAUGUAAAAAUAAUGCCCAAUGUGAGCCCCAGGCCAGCUCUCAGCUGCUCUUCAGGUGUUCCUGUCCGUUGGGAUAUACAGGCCCCCUAUGUGACCAAGACAUCAAUGAAUGUGCUGGCACCAAUCCUUGUAGAAAUGGCGGCACAUGCAGCAACACUAUAGGCUCUUACAUUUGUAGCUGUGCCAGGGGCUAUGAGGGCAGACAGUGUGAGAUUAACCAUGACGACUGUGAAUCAAGUCCUUGUUUGAAUGGUGGCACUUGUGUGGAUGGCAUAGCCAGCUACACUUGCAGCUGUGUUAGUGGAUUUGGUGGCAAUCACUGUCAGAAUGACAUAGAUGAAUGCGCGUCCAAUCCUUGCAUCAACAACGGAACUUGCAGAGAUUACGUGGACUCUUACACCUGCACUUGUAAGCCUGGCUUCAGCGGCACAUUCUGUCACAUCAACGAUAAUGACUGCUCCAAGAGUUCUUGUCUUAACAAUGGCAAGUGUAUAGACCAAGUGAAUGGUUUCACCUGCGAGUGUGCUAAGGGCUACACGGGUAGCAACUGUCAACAGAGGAUCAACCCUUGCGAUUCCAACCCCUGCAUGGAUGGAGGCUCCUGUUACAACCAAGGUAGCACCUAUGUCUGCUACUGUCCCUAUGGAUACACUGGCCCCAGAUGUGAGAGCUUCGUUGACUGGUGUACCCAGAAGCCAUGCCAGAAUCAGGCCACCUGUGAACAGAUAGCCAACAACUUCAAAUGUUCAUGUCCUGAUGGCUGGACAGGCAAGUUGUGUGAUGUCCGCUCAGUAUCAUGCCCCACAGCAGCAGCACUUAAAGGUGUUUCAGUGACCAACUUGUGUAAGAAUGGUGGGACCUGUGAAAACAAGGACAACUCCCACGUGUGUAACUGUGCUAAAGGUUUUCAAGGAUCCUACUGCGAGUCAGAGAUCAAUGAAUGCCUCUCAGCACCAUGUCAGAAUGGCGCCACUUGUACAGAUUUAGUUGGCAGAUAUUCUUGUCAGUGUGCCAAAGGAUUUCAGGGCCAAAACUGUGAGUUGAAUAUAGAUGAUUGUGCUAACCAUCCUUGUGCCAAUGGAGGCAUCUGUCAUGACCUGAUAGAUGACUUCCACUGCUCCUGUCCACCGGGCACUGCCGGGCUACUUUGUGAAGUGAAUGAAAAUGACUGCCUACUCAACACUUGCCACAAUGGGGGCACCUGCGUUGAUAAGGUGAAUGGUUAUGAGUGCAUCUGUCCCCCUGGAUUUGUAGGAAAGAGAUGCGAGGGAGAUGUCAAUGAGUGCUUGUCCAAUCCAUGUGACCCAUACGGUACUCAGGACUGCGUCCAGCUCAUUAACAACUACCGAUGUGACUGUAAGCCGGGAUGGACAGGUAAAACCUGUAACAUGAGGGUUACCUGCGCUGAGAGUCCUUGUGAACAUGGUGGUACCUGCAAAGACACCAAGUAUGGAGCGACUUGUACCUGUGCAAGUGGCUAUAGUGGUGAGUUCUGCCAUGUCCAGACGUCUGAUUGUGAUUCUAACCCUUGCCGCAACCAAGGAACCUGCACAGUGACUGCCAGUGGUUACUCUUGCUUGUGUCCAAGAGGCUCUGCUGGUGUGAACUGUGAAGUAGACGCAAGUGAUGAGUGUUUGAGUAGACCAUGUUUGAAUGGUGGUACUUGCAGGGAUAAAAUCAAUGCCUAUGACUGUUUGUGUCCUAAGUCCUGGAAUGGCUUGAGGUGUGAGACAUAUGACCCUAACUUCCUAGGGGGUUCUGGCACCCAGUCAACACCAUCGACCACCAACACUGUACCCCAGAUCUGCUUGGACAACAAAUGUCCAGAGAAAGCAAAUAAUGGAAUCUGUGAUGUGGAAUGUAACAGACUAGAGUGUGACUAUGACAAUACUGAAUGUUCUUAUGGCACCAAGCCUUGGGAAAAUUGUACUGUCAGAACCAGUGGUGGUCAGCUGUGUUGGCAGGUAUUCAAAGAUUCUAAAUGCAACCCAGAGUGCAACAAUCAGAAAUGUCUGUAUGACGGGUUUGACUGUGAGCAGCCCCUGCAGACUUGUUUGUUUGAGACUUACUGUCAGACCAACUAUGACAAUGGACACUGCGAUAAUGGCUGUAACAAUGCAGAGUGUGGCUGGGAUGGCCUGGACUGUGAUGCAGGUAUAGAGUUACUGGUUCCUGGAACACUGUUCAUCAUAGUGAAGAUAGAGCUUCAAGAGUUCAUCAGAGUCAAACAAAAGUUUGUCCGGGACUUGGGUUACCUUGUGCGAGCAAUGGUGCGUAUCAAGAAAACUAUUACCGGGGAGGAGAUGAUCUACCCAUGGAAUGGAGCUGGCCUAACCACAAGACGCAGGCGCUGGGCAGAUUACAUGCUUGGAUCUAAACACAGAGUUAAAAGAUCAGUUAGUUCUGGCACCAAAGUUUAUCUAGAGAUUGACAACAGAGCCUGCCACAAAUAUGAUGACCACCAGUGUUUCGACGAUGCAGAUAUGAUAGCCAAAUUUGUAGCUGAGGCUAUUAGGAAUGAUGAUGUUGAUCUUGGCGUAGCAGUGCAACAAAUAGGAACUGAAAGAGAAAUAGAUCCAAAGGUCCAAGCCUCCAACCUGAAUGUCCUGUAUAUCAUCAUCGGUGUGGCUGCUGCAGUGGUCAUCUCUGUGUUUGGCAUCAUUGUCAUGCUGAAAAGGAAAAGAGUGUAUGCUAACACUUGGUACCCUGAUAACACCAAACCGAAGAGCGCUAAAGAUAUAGCUAAACCUGGACAGAAUCGUAAAGGUCCAGAUGGCGAAGAAAUGCAUGACAAAAUAAAUCAGAUUGACGCAAAUGACAACCACACAUCUCCUCCUCCAAGUAACGACAUCUGUUGGCAAGAUGACGAGGACGAUUCAGGCCCUCAGAUCAAAAGACCUAAGACGGAUAAGCAAGGUCGCAGUGACAUAAGAUACCCUUCAGAGAAUACAGAUAUCCGUCACUGGACAACCCAGCACUUAUUCGCUGCUAAAUGUCUUCCCCAGGCUCAGACACCACCUCAGGGUGAAGAUGGUUUAGGUGCAGAUGUUGAUGUCAGAGGCCCAGAUGGCUACACUCCCCUGAUGCUGGCUGCUAUUAGAGGUGGGGGUCUUGGCGAGGAUGAUGACAGCUCAGGUUCAGGAUCAAUAGAAGGAGGGGACGGUGAGCACAAUACCCUGGAUGUUCUGUCCAGCCUCAUUUUGCAAGGAGCAGACAUCAAUGCUCAGACAGAUAGAUCAGGUGAAACGUCUCUUCACUUGGCUGCCAGAUUCAGGAGGGCUGAUGCUGCAAAGAUUUUGAUGGAUCAAGGAGCAGAUGCCAACAUUGAAGCUCAUGAUGGAAGAACUCCACUUCAUUCUGCUAUUGCUGCUGGUGCAGAGGCAGUGUGCAAAAUUCUCCUCAAAUCUCGAAAGACCUUGGUUAAUUGCAAAGACAUCAAAGGAACAACACCUCUUAUACAGGCUGUUAAAAUGGAUCUUCCCUGCAUUGUUAAAGAGUUGCUUGAUGCUCAAGCUGAUAUUGAAGCUGUUGAUAAUGAUGGCAAAACAGCACUUCACUGGGCAGCAGCACAAUGUGAGAUUUAUGAAGAGUGCAUUAUAAUGCUUUUAAAACAUAAUGCUAACAGGGAUGCACAGACUCUGAAGGAGGAGACUCCUCUGUUCUUGGCAGCCAAACAAGGCACCAUAAGAGCUGUGAAAAUCCUCUUAGAGCAUUAUGCCAAUAGGGAUAUUUGCGACAGCAUGGGACAACUGCCCAGGGAUAUUGCUCAAGAGUACAACCACAAGGACGUUGUGGAGCUUCUAGACAGCUACAGAGUGACAUCUCCAUCUUCUUUUCAUCUAGGAGCUGGAGCGAGCUCUCCUGGUCAAGGCUACAUGCCAAAACAGGCAAAGAAACCCAGGAAAAAGGUUCCUGUUGUCAAAGAUCCCACAUCUCCAACGGAUGCUACUAAUGCACCUGCAACUAAUGGAAAAACUUCAAAACCUAGAAAGAAGAAAGGAGAUGGAGAAGUGGGCUCUGUGAACAGAAAAGGUCAGCGGCAACAGCACAAUAUGCAGCUUUCUGCUUCUUCCUCUGCACCACAGAUACAGCCUCAUGUUCGUCAUCACUCCAGCAGUGAGCCAUCCCCAUUGAGCACAAUAUCACCUGCAAGUUUUUCAGAGUCGCCUCAUGGUUGUUACGAUUUUGAAACUAACAUCGUACCAAACCUUGACACUGGUAGCCGCCACAUCUUGGAUGAGUUUCAGGUGAUGUCAGGCCAGUAUAGCAGUCCAAUUUUAUUGGACCGCCAGACUGAUUGGCCGCUUCAACACUAUAAACUUCCCCCACAGCAGCAGCAUUUGCAGCAAAACAUUGGGCAUAUAGGAUCAACUGGGAGUGCCCCAAAUCUUCAGAGCACCACUCUGUCCCCUACUCACAUGCAGGCCAUGUUACAGCGUGCCAAUCAUGGCAGCCCCCUGCACCGCAUAGUAGACUAUCAGCCCAACGGCAGUAAUGGACAAAUUUACCAGACUGGACUGCAGCAGCGCAAACUCAUGCCUCAACACCAUCUCCAACAACAGCCGCAGCAAACUGUUCAGCAACCCUUGCAACAACAGCAGCAUCCUGUGAGUGGCUAUGCCCAUAUAGAACAAUACCCCACACCACCCUCCCACAACAGCCAGCACAUCACAGACUCCCCUCCGCACCAGCACAAUGUCUUUAACUCAUUCCGACAUGAUCAUCUCCUCACCCCGUCCCCAGACUCACCUGGACAUUGGUCAAGCUCAUCCCCUCAUUCGGCUCACUCGGACUGGUCGGAAGGCAUCUCAAGUCCUGUCCCGGCCAUUACUCAUGGACCAAACAGAACCAAACAUACAGAGCCUGCAUAUUUCUAAGUAUAACUCUGGAUUGUAAAUUAAUGUUAAAGUGAUUUCAUUGACCGUGGGAGUACUUCACGAUUUGGAUUACACAUAAUGAGAGAGUGGUUCAUCUCUGUUGUUCAUGACCAGCUUCAGAAUCUACACUUAUAAUGAAUAUCAUCCAAUGAACACUUUGAAGUCCUCAACUAUUGAAAGAAUGAACAAAGACUUAUUGAAUACAGCUUUUUUGUCACAUCAUUGAUCCAUUUUCUAGCUUCCGAAGUUUUGGGACUAAAAACAUUUAUUCUUGUAAAAAUCCAAGAACAAAAAAAACGGACAUGAUAAAUUAUUUUUAUCAGAACUGUGGGCAUUUUUUUCCCCUAUGAAAGACUUGUUUUUAUCCAUGCCUUUUGUUUUUUUUUUUAAUUUUUUUUCUGUCAUAUGAAAACAAUUUUUAGACAUAAUAUAUUACACAUGCAAUCUGCAUUGAUUAGUACUUCUAAUGCGUUAGUUGUAUAUGUUGAAAGUUUUAUGCAACUGUAAUUAUUGUCUCUUUACUUUAUGUAUAUAUAUAUAUAAAUAUAUAUUAUAUCUUUAAAAUUUUUAAAAAAGGACCAAACUAUUUUCUGAUGUGCGUGUGUUUAAUUUAUGUUAAUAUUUGACUGCUGUCUAAUAUGACUUCUGUCAAGGAUGUCAAAAGCCUUAUUUAAACGAAAAGUUUAAAAAAUAAUACUGAUUAAAGCCAUGAACUUAGGUUUUAUUCUGACAAAAAAAAAAUUUCAUCCUUUUAGGCUAUAAAUUUAUUUCUAUGGCUCUUCAAUCAAGUAAAAAAAAAUAAGCUGAGCAUUACCUCAGAAAAUUUUUUGUUGGUUAGUUUCUUUUUUCUAAUUUGAUCAAUGGCCAAGUGUAAAAAAAAUAAAUUCCUAGUUGAAGAGGUGUGACACAUUGCCACUUUAUAAUCCUGUACCAUUUUUCUGAAUAUAUUUUUAGUAAUGAGCAUUGUCAUUAGGUUCAGACCCGUGACCUUAAGAUGUGUAGACGUUGAAAUAGUCUAGAAUAAAUAAAACCUGACACUGUCAAUAAGUCUGUUUCUAUGGAGACGAGUCUUUUUUCUAUGGAGACAAAGUCUAUUUCUAUAGAGACAUUACUAUUUCUAUGGAAACCAGUCUAGUUUCUGUGGAGAGGGAUGAUAUUUUGUGAUGAUUUACUAACCAUGUGAUCUUGUGUUAUUUUCUCCUAUUAAAAUUCAAGCUAGACUUUAUUUCUUCUGUUAGAAAGCAAGACCUAAUGUCUUCUAUUGUAAUAAGUAGAGCAAAACUUUGAAGGUAUAUCAUCUGAAAUUUUUUUCUCCCUAUUCCAAUUUUUUGUGUGCGAAAACUUUUAGGAAUGUCAUUUAAAAAUAAAAAUUGUAGCAACUCAAAUCAUGUGUUAGUUUGUUUAUUUUUUGUUGUGUGUAAAUGCCAUAUUUCUAGUGUUAGUCAAAAAAUGUCCAUGUAAGAAUCUUGAUGCAUGCAGUUGAACACGGCAUUGCGAUGGACUCUUGUGAAUUUUGUUAAUUUUUAAAUUUGACAACAUACUACUUUUCCCUCAAGACUGAGAGCAGCAUUUCUAAACAUUUCUCAAACUGGGAUAGGCAUGCUAAUUAGGGAGAGAGGUACAUAGUACACUAGUUUUGGAAGAAAAGGAAAGAGUUCUCAGAAGGCUGUCUCUGGUUAUUUUUCAUUAUUUUAUGAAAGAAAAAAAAAAGUUUUUUUGAAAGGAAGGAAUAUGUUAAAAUAAAACAGUUCUCAAGGGAUGGAUGAGAAAGUUUAGAAAAGAUUUUUGAAAUUGAAAAGGAGGAAGGAUCAUUACUAUAUUGUAUAAUGCAUUGGCAAAAGACUAAAUUUAGUGGCUACCAUGUUAAAAAUAAUUUUACAAUUUGUAAAAACAGACCACUUCAAUUGCAUGUCCAUUUCUUUACAAUUAUGUUAGUAAAUAUUAGGUGCUUACAAGGUUUCUCUGUGUAUAUGAAAACUUGGAUUUUUCUUAUAAAAUUUAAGUAAUAAAAGUGCAACAAUAAUAUUAUUUUUUUUUUGUUUAAAGAUGGUUUCUACCCAUCAUUUUGUAUUUUGACCCAAUGUCCAUGUCUCAUGUAUAUAUAUAGAUACACUUUGAAGACAUUGUACGUGUGUGUGUGUGUGACAGUAGAUGUUGUGAGUGCAUGUGUAGUGAGAAAGAAGAAAGAGAAUGUAUUCAUUUGUAUAAGCAUCCAUUGGUGCCAUUUUGACUGCCAAAAUAAUCUUAUUCUACUUUUUAAAAUUGGUCCACAUUUUAUUCCUAAAUUAUUUGACUAAUGAAAGUAAUCUAUACCAAAAUCUGCCACAAAUUUAGUCUAUCCUUGACCAUGUUUCUGAUUCCAAGAAUGGCACAAUUCCAUUUCAUUUUUUUAGUUCUUUGCAAACAAGUCAGCAAAAACUUGUUAUAUUGAAUAUCAGUUCUUCAAUUUUAAAAGUUUAAGUACAUUACCUUGAGGAAUCAGUUGUUUAUGUAGGUUAGUGUUACAGUGUAUAUAAGCUCUCUCCAUAUACAUCAAUGACAAAAUGGCACACAUUAUGUUGACUACUGCUGCACUUUGUACUUAUGUUUCAUUAAUUUAUAUUUCUUGGUUUUUAGUCUAUAUUUAAAUGAAAUUUGAAUUCAGACAUUUUCUCACUUCUAAUGUUUGUACAGGUUAAAGUUUUAAUUCUUCUUUUUCUAUGUGUUUGUUAUUUACAUCAUAGACACUUAGUUUUGAACUGACAACAUUUAAAAAGAACAAAAUAUUGUUAUAAUCAAAGUUAACUUCUAAAAAAAAAAAGGUCACACCCCAAACAGUAUUUGCCAUACAUUGUGUAUCAAAUUAGGUUACAAAAUUUGAACAUCUUUCCUAGAUUGGAACAGAUUUCUCACAGUUUUUUCUUUAGGUUAAAUAAUCAAAUUCUGUUGUUAAUCAGUAUUUUAUCCUCACCAAUGUUGCCCAUUAGUAUUCAUACUUUCCAUGACAUAAAUAAAUAAAUAUAUUUAUAUAUGAUUGUUAUACAAGGCUUCAUACCUUAUAAUAAGAAUUAGAAUAAUAAAAAUUUGAAGGUUUUCUAAAUUAUUAGAUAAGUUUUGCAUUUAGCGAAAUAAAAAAACUAUUCAAACAAUGUUACUGUUCCAAUGUGUUAAACUCAAUCAGUGUGACUGUGCAGGCAUUAAGAGAUUUUAGUUACAAAUGUACUGAGUGAUUCAAGUGAAUGAACAAAAAUUCAACAAAAAUUCAUGUAUUACUGAACUGAAGAUGAAUGUUCAAAGUAUGCACUUCAAUAUUUUGUUCAUCAGGUUCUGAUGUGUACACAUCAUUGUGACCUACAUUCAUAUAUAAACACAUCUGUGGACACAGCUAAUGAAAUAUGUAUGUUUCAAUUUCCUUGUGUGUGAUCACUUUUGGUAAUAGUUUUGAUCAAGCAAUGACAAUUUUAUUUUGUAAAGAACAAAUCUCAUUAUGAUUUGAUAGUCUCCAUUUUGUUCUGUCACUUCUCCACUUGUAUACCAUGAAGCUAUUAUAUAGGUCAGAUCUGUUGUCUAUCAUUACCUAUAUAUUUUGUUUUGUAAUCUUUGAAAA